AUGGAAUUCCUACAGCUGCGGNGCCCGCACCGCCACACUUGGUGCAGAGAGUGGCGAGCCGCAGAGGAGCCACACGUGCGGCUUGAUACGGUGCGGUGGUGCUUCGCGUUUUGCGCGUCCCAGGGCAUGCGGGAAGAGGCGGACGAACCUCUUCGUCCUCAACGACGCCGUAUUCACGCACAUGUCUCAGUUUUCGUUGUGGACAGAGGAAGAGUAAGUGCGGUAACCCUGAGAUCCUGGCACGGUGUACGGGUAAGAUCGGCCUUGACGAGCUGCUCUUGUUCUUCGAGGAGGGCCUCCGGUGGAAUGCGCUCCGACCACGUCUGA